AUGGGCAAGAAUCCUGAGUCAACCUUCCUCCAAGAAUCACCAGAGGCCAAGAAGCACGGUGGACGAUGCCAGCGCCACCCGGAGGCACCUUCUGCCCACCAGCAGCCUUCUCUGCGAGGACACACAAUGACACUGGGAGGCUGUGGUGGCCUGCAGCCCUUGGGCACAGCGGCUCAGAAGAUGGUGCUCCAAGUGUUCACAAAACAGGAUGAGCUGCUGACCAACGCCACCAUACCCCGCGGGAGCCUCGGACCCAACACUCCAGGAGUCCACUUGGAAAAGCACCCAGAACAGGCAAGCGCACAGCAGAAGUGUUCCCCACAGUGGGACCUGGUGUGUAAAGAUAGCUGGAAGGUGCCGCUGGAGCAGACGUGCCACUUCCUGGGCGGGCUGCUAGGCUGUGUCCUUCUGGGUGCAGGGUGUGACAGGUUUGGCCGCCGGGCUGUUUUUGUGGUCUCCCUGGUGCUGGCCACAGUCCUAGGGGCCAGUGAAGCCCUGGGCAGUUUCCAGACCCUCCUGGCCCUGAGGUCUCUCCACGGGGGCACCUUGGCAGCCCUCCUUGCCCUUUAUGUAGCUCGCCUGGAGCUGUGACCCCCACACCGCCUGGCCUUCUCCAUGGGAGCUGGCCUCUUCUCAGUGGUGGGCACCCUGCUGCUGCCUGGGCUGGCCAUGCUGGUGCAGGACUGGCGCCUUCUGCAGGGCCUGAACGCCCUGGUGACUGGAUUCCUGCUGCUCUUUUGGGGGUUCCCAGCUCUGUUCCCUGGGUCUCCCUGCUGGCUUCUGGCCACGGGGCAGGUGACCCAAGCAGGCAGGAUUCUGUGGCACUUUGCAGAAGCCAGCGGCCUGGACCCUGAUGACAGCUCCUCAGAGGAGAACUCCCUGGCUACAGAGCUGGCCGCGCUGUCUGCAGGCAACCCGCAGCCCCAGUACCACUCCAUCCUGGGCCUCCUGCACACCCGUGUCACCUGGAGGAGCGGGCUCAUCCUGGGAUUCAGUUCGCUGACCGGUGGGGGCAUCAGGGCCGGCUUCCUCCGCAGCCUGGCCCCAGGCGAGCCUGCCUUCUACCUGCCCUAUUUCCUGGAAGCUGGCCUGGAGGCUGCAGCCACCGUACUGCUGUUCCUGACGGCAGAUCGCUGUGGACGCCGCCCUGUCCUGCUGCUGGGCACCAUGGCUGCAGGCCUGGCAUCCCUGCUACUCCUCGCUGGGGCUCAGUACCUGCCAGGCUGGACCCCACUGUCCCUUUCUGUCCUGGGGCCCCUGGCCUCCCAGGCUGUGUCGGUGCCCAGUGUUCUCUCUGCAGCCGAGGCCUUCCCCACCGUGAUGAGGGGAGCCGGGCUAGGCCUGGUGCUGGGGGCCGGGUUCCUGGGCCGGGCUGCUGCCCCGCUCACUGACAUUCGUGGCCGGCACGGCUUCCUCCUACAAGAUGCGGUCUUCACCUCCCUGGCCAUCCUCAUCCUGCUCUGUGUCCUGCUGCUGCCCGAGACCCAUGGCCGGGAGAUGCUGACCACCUACAUGGUCCCCACAGUGUCCACCCCAGGACCACCUGCCUCUGCUGCUGCCCUCCCCUUCGGGAUGAGCAGCCACACUGCCCAGCAGCACUACUGUUGCUGGGGGGGGCCUGUGAGCCAGGACAAGGGCCACAGCUGAACACCCCACGGGCUGACCAGAGCUGCCACAGCGAGGCAGACACAUCCCACCAAGACCGCCAGUCAGUGUGGGCAGGGAGGCGGUGGACACAGCAGGAAGGGGCCCUGGACGGGCCUCUUGGUCUGGGGGGCUGGCUUCCUCUCUUCCGUGGCCAUGCCACCAGAUGGGCAGAGGCAGCCAUGGAGUGUGGCGUCCACCAGGUGGGCAGGGCUGGCCUGGUGCCUUGACCCACAUGGCACACACUCUGGCCUCACCAGGAUGGCCAGAGCAGGUCAGGCCUCCCACCUCCCCUGCCCCAGGCUGUGGCUUCCUGCCAGGCACAGCCUGCCUGGCAGAGCCCUGUUCUUGGGGACAGGGACCCUGGUGCCCUUGUGGGUAUGGUGGUGCGGGCACUGACCGAGCACUGGAUAAACUAGCCAGACUUUAACUCUGA